CUUGGGUUUUGCCAGAGUACCCGGCUCUGGGGCGCGAAACUCGUUCAAGAGCAUCAGAAUAUCGACGUCGUUGUCCUGUGAAAAGCUCAGUACAAAUAGCUAUGGGGUCGCUGUGCUGCAACGCCCACCAAAUCGAUGUCAUAGUGGCAGUCUGCGCCUACACGGUGCUCAUCCUCGGGACGUGGCGCGUCGACGCCGUCGUCAAGCCGUUCAAAUUGCUCGCGGUCUUCGUGCACGAGGGCUGUCACGCGUGCGCCUGCCUCGCGACGGGCGGCCGCGUCGACGGCGUCGAGGUCAACAUAAACGAAGGAGGUGUCACAAGGUACCGCGGCGGCUGGCGCCUCUGCGUGACUCCUGCCGGCUACUUGGGUGGCGCUCUUUGGGCCGCAAUUUGCACCGCGGUCCUCGACUACCGGUGGGGCAUUUUCGCCGUCGCGGCGUCGCUCGGGCUCGCAUUACUAGCGACGCUCCUGAGUUUGCUGUGGACGAAACGCAACGACGACCGCGCGACCACCGGCAUGCUGAGCGUAUUCUUUCUGGGCAUCUGCGUGUUUCUCGCCUGGGCGAGCCUAGAGGGCGGCACGGUUCGUCUCGUGGCCCAGUACGUGCUACUCUUCGUGACGACCUACGUCUCCGUCUUCUCCGUCUACGACAUCUACGACGACUGCGUUCGGAGAUAUGUGAACGAUGCCCAGACGAAGUCCGACGCGGUGGUCUGCGCGCAGCUGUGUCCGAUCUGUCCGGCGCGCGGCUGGGGAGUUGUGUGGCUCGUCAUCUCGAUGGGAUUCUGGGCGGGAGGUGUUUGCUUUCUGGUGCUGCACGUUGGUGGGCACCUCAAUUUAUGAGGGGCUCGCGUCGACGGCCAGGUACUAACU